GACGGAUAUGGGUCACUUGCGAAUGUGAAACGUCAAGAUAGACAGAUCCGAUUUGAGCAAAAAAUUGGAAUGGUGCAAAAAAGCUUAUAAAGUGAACAUAGCUUUGGUUCAUUGUUUCCUUUCCUGAUCAUCUUCUGUUAUCUCCAGAGGCUCCAGACUCAACCAAAGCCUUGAUGCUCACUGAUGGACUCAUAGACACUGUGGAUCGCAUCGUGUUCUCUGAUUUAUCCAAUAUGAGUGUUUUGGUGCUCAGCAACAACAUCAUCUCUACCGUCACAGGAAACGCUUUCCAAAACCUAACUGUCCUCAGAAUGCUAUCUCUGGACCACAACCUUAUCUCCAGCCCCUCACUGGAUAGAUCGACGUUCUCCUGGCUUCGUAAACUAGAAACCCUUCAUUUGGGCCAUAAUGCUCUAAAGGAAAUCAGUGGAUCCUGGUUUCAGAAGACCACUUCUCUGAAAACUCUACUGCUGGAGGGGAACCUUCUCACCAGCCUCAACUCGAGUACUUUUGCUUCAUCCGACCUGAGAAGCUUGGAGACCUUGGAUUUGUCAGACAACCUCAUCACCUACGUGGGCAGAGACAGUUUCCGCAACCUGCCACGUCUCAGUAGUUUGGAUCUCUCGCGAAACAGGUUGCAGAAUGUGCCUGAUGCUUUCUCCUAUCUCUCACGGCUCUCGAUGCUAAACCUGGACCUUAAUCGCUGGAACUGUAGCUGUGAGCUGAGAGAGCUAGCCCAUUUCCUCAACAGCUACAUUCAGUCUCCAGACAAAGUGUUGUACAAUGGGAAGAGGAUGGCAUGCGCUAGUUCAGACAACCCCAAAGUUCAGACAGUGCUGGAGCUAACCGAGGCUAACUGCAGUCCAGCUAACAGAAACAUCACAGAGGACGUCAAUGCUAAGAGUUCCAUCACAUCUCAGCGCUACAUCAGGGAUGUUGUUAUCGCUGUUGUCUGUUCUUGCCUCGGUGGUGUUGUGAUUACUCUUGCAAUACUUGCAGUUGUACACAGGAAGUUGGGUAGACGGUUUAAACCAACGCAGGGGACAAAAGGAGCUGAGGAACAGUCCAGCCAGACGUUUGACUUCUCUGAAGGCAAGGAGGCUCUCUCGGUGUCUUAUGCUCUCCAUAACAGCAACUACCGUGGCCAUCCACCCUGGGACAAAGUGGAUACUUCAUCUGAUAGCAGACCAAACACAAUGGGGAACCAUUUCAUAUGCCAAAAUUGCAAUUUGAGUUUCAGGAGAAAGACUUUCCAUCACAGAACCAACUGCAGGGGUAUUCAGCCUAAUAUCGAAGAAGAAUGGUCAACCUAUUUGGGCAGUGACCAAUGGAAAGACACUGAUGUUUGUCUUUCAAGGAUCAAAGAUGAAGAUGGUAGACCUCAGAGACAUAAUGUGAAAGGUAUUCGUGGGUUAAACACUGAUUAUCGCAGACAGCGAAUUCCAAGACAAGACAUGUCAACCAUGAGAAUGCAACAGAUAGCUCUGAGAAGACAUAUAUCAAUUGCCCAAAGACAAACAUUUAUCCCAGAAGAACAACUAAAUGCCAAAAUGGCAAUUCACGAGGAUCACUCAUUCCUGAAGCAUCAGCAUGGAGGAUAUGGUAGUCUACCAGUUUGCCACUAUCAUCAUACUUUUGCGGAUGACAUCCAGGACAAUAUAUCUAGAAAUCAAGAAGAGGGUAUACUUCCCAGAAGCUCUAAGGUCAUUGUGUACAGAGAUACUUUAAAUUACAACCAGUCCAACAUGGACCACCAUGGAGGAAAUCAAGCAAGAGUGCAGAGGAGCGUAACCUUUGAUUUGUCCAUGGAACGAGCCCUAUUCGUAUCUAGAAAAGAAGGUCCGUACAAAAUCAGCAAGACAAAAAUGUUUAAAAAACUAGGACAGAAAAGCAAACCAAGUCAGGGCAAGGUAUCUGCCAAAGGAAACAGGAGUAGUGCACACUCAUGGCAUUCGAAAAUCCAUAAAGCAAGAUCUAAGGGAAAUAGUAAACUAAAGGUCAAGUUAAACCUGAACCCUCUUAGAAGAAGUCAGGUUCAUCCCAAGUCUGGUUCUAACCACGAGGACAAAGAUGUGAAGAGAACAUCCAAAAAGAUCAAGAAAGACAAAUCUCAAAAGACUAUUGUGAAAAAGAAAAAUGAAGGACAAGAGAGCGAAGAAAAAUCCAAGAAGGACAAGAUUACCCAGAAGACGCAAUGUGAUGAAAGUUCAACCAAUCCAGGUGAAACUCAAAGUUUAGAAAAGAAUUCAGAGGAACCAGGUUCACUGAUGCAGAGUUCAAAUCUUUUAGCUGUAAGUACAGAACCACUUGGUACAGCAAAUACUACAGACCCUCAAGUCCCAACCCUGGACUUGAACCUGUCAGUGAGCACACCAGAAGAUGCCAGAAGUCUGCAGAAAGAGUUUCAUAUGCCACAAGAUGGAGAAGAUCUUCCAAAUGACUCUCUGACCCCAGUGUCCUCAACUGUCUCUGUUGUCCAGGAGUACCUGUCAUCAGGUGAUGGCUCACCAAAGAGGAAGAUUAGACUGAUUGUACCUGAGAAAACCUCCAGCAGGCCUCAGACUGCACUGGAAAAGAAAAUCAGAUAGAUGUCCAGC